UGUUUCUUGUAAUUUGGUAUUAUCUUAAUUUUUGAGUUCACAUUCUAAUGAAAUUAUUAUCGUGGAAUAAAUGUAUCCUAUUUCAUUACCGUAGGAUAAAUGGUUAAUGUGAUGAAGCACCCACUGCCAAGCCAUGUUUCGGAACUGGGUGGAGGUGUACGAGGUGGAGCUGGAGAAGGUAAAGUUCAAUAUGGACGUAUUCUGAACGCGCCUUCUACCCAAGAAUCGCUAAAACAUAGCGUCCAACAUGUGUCGGUUCGGCGUUCACGUCGACGAUCUCGUUCAUCUCCCGUGCGUCUACGAAGUGAAACUAACAAGGACACGGAGAACAUUUGUGGAAAGAGCCCGUUACGUAGGCGCAGUCCCUCAGUCUCGCCCUCGGCUCGCCAGGGGGCGGAAGAUACGCAGCAAGACUUUUGGAGUCCGUUGUCACCCCCCCCACCACUGGUAAUGCCACCACCUUCAACUCUUGCAUUCACCACUACACUCUCCUAUUUCUCGUCCGCCCCGCCGUGUCAGCCCGUGUCACUGGUUGCAUUACCACCCACUACUCGUGAGGCUGCCUGCCGCUCAUGCUCCCACGAACCGUCUUCCCGCUCUAAGAAGAAGCGCUCGCGUUCAGCUCGGCGAGCAGCUAGAUACGUGUUGCGAACGUUGUUGAAAUCACAAGCAUUUCAUUCAGUGGACGUCUCGCGUUCGCAUGUCAAGCUUAAUGACGACGUUCUGGAUGCUGAAGUUGGCGUAGAAAGCGCUAAAAUACAAGACAAGAAUGAAGUUAGCCAAAACCUAGAAGAUGAACCAUUGUCUGAUGUUGAUAAUUGUAAAAAACAGUCUUCAGAUAAAGAAGCAAAGAACGUCUGCGCGCGAUGCAGUAGGUGCGCAGGUGAGCUGAAUUCUACACAAUUGCGGUUGUUGCUGCGGCAUCUUCGCCAGCUGGCGCAUAUCGACCGCCUGCAUAGGGCACUACGUCGGGCAGCACGAUAAAUGUUAUGCCGCUUCGCUGUGCUGUCGACAAGGAUGUUAGGCGCUGCGUAAUACCAAUCGACUUUUACGCCGAAAAAUAUCUAUUAGGCCAUUUCGGCGCUCAACAUCAUUGACGAUUAGCAUCAAGUUCAAAAAAU